GUAAAACAGUCAAGGAAUCCCGUCACGCGCUAAAUUCAACUCCCUCUCCAACAAACGGAAAAUUAAACUCAAACCAAUUCAGCUUCUCUUGUUACCUUCUUCACUAAUUACACCGCGUGAACAUAAAAGGAAUUAAAAGUUAAAACACACGAGAUCUAAAAUCGUAAUAAGAAACAGAAAAGCAAUCCCAGCUUCAAAAUUUUCCCCACCGUUGAUCCAUCUGAAGCCAUGCCGUUUUCUACUUUGACCCAACGACCAUUUUCUCCUCGAACCAAUUCUUAUUUUAAAUAUUUGGCAUCUUUUUGGAAUCGUAUUCAUUCCCCCUGGCCUGAAUCCUUACGUAGCUUGGUUUUGAGAGAGAGAGAGAGAGAGAGAGAGAGAGAGAGAGUAAAAAAAAAAAAGAAGAAAAAGAAAAGAAUGAGGAUGACUAAUAAUCAGGUGUGGCAACCUGCUAGAAGAAGAGGUUUUAAGCUUUAAAUAGAGACUAGAUAGAGAAAAUUGCAUAGAACGUGCAGAAGGGAUUUGAAUAAGGAGAGGAAGGAGGAGGAGGGAAGAUGACGUCACGUCCAGGGAAUGGUGGUCAUGCGACCAACAGCGGAAGGACACGUGUCGGCAAGUACGAGCUGGGUAGGACGCUGGGCGAGGGGAAUUUCGCGAAGGUGAAGUUUGCAAAGAACACGGUCACCGGAGACAAUGUCGCCAUUAAGAUUCUCGACAAGGAGAAAGUUCUCAAGCACAAGAUGAUCAACCAGAUAAAACGAGAGAUAUCAACAAUGAAACUGAUUAGACACCCUAAUGUAAUACGUAUGUAUGAGGUCAUGGCUAGCAAGACAAAAAUAUACAUUGUAUUGGAAUUUGUAACUGGUGGAGAGCUCUUUGAUAAAAUUGCAAGCAGUGGGAGAUUGAAAGAAGAAGAAGCUAGAAGAUAUUUUCAACAGCUAAUAUGUGCUGUGGAUUACUGUCAUAGUAGAGGUGUUUGCCAUAGAGACCUAAAGCCUGAGAACUUGUUGCUGGAUGCUACGGGAAUGCUCAAAGUAUCAGAUUUUGGAUUGAGUGCACUGCCUCAACAAGUUCGGGAAGAUGGGCUGCUUCAUACAACAUGUGGUACGCCAAAUUAUGUUGCCCCAGAGGUGGUUCACAAUAAAGGCUAUGAUGGUGCAAAGGCUGAUCUCUGGUCAUGUGGUGUCAUUCUUUUCGUUUUAAUGGCAGGCUAUUUGCCCUUUGAAGACAACAAUCUUGUGAAUUUGUAUAAAAAGAUUUUCAAGGCUGAGUUCACUUGUCCUCCUUGGUUCUCUACGGAUGCAAAGAAGUUAAUCAUAAGAAUACUUGAACCCGAUCCUGCCAAACGGAUUACGAUUGCUGAAGUCAUUGAGAAUGAAUGGUUCAAGAAGGGAUACAAGCCUCCCAAAUUUGAGCAGGCCAAUGUUAGUCUUGAUGAUAUAGAUUCUAUUUUUAGUGAAUCAAUGGAUUCACAAAACCUUGUUGCUGAGAGGCGUGAAACAAGGCCUGUGGAACCUGUGACCAUGAAUGCUUUUGAGCUUAUCUCUACCUCUCAGGGCCUCAAUCUCCGUAGUCUUUUCGAGAAACAAAUGGGACUUGUUAAAAGGGAAACAAGAUUCACAUCCAAAUGUUCAGCAAAUGAGAUCAUUACGAAAAUCGAGGAAGCUGCUGGGCCUCUGGGUUUCGGUGUUAAGAAGAGCAACAAUAAGUUAAAAAUUCAAGGUGAAAAGACUGGGCGUAAAGGUCAACUAUCUGUAGCUACCGAGAUUUUUGAGAUUGCUCCUGAACUUUAUCUGGUUGAAUUGCGGAAGGCUGAGGGAGAUACUCUGGAAUUUCACAAAUUUUAUAAAAACCUCUCUCCUGCACUGAAAGAUAUUGUUUGGAAAGCAGAGCCAAUCGAUGAAGAAAAAGAUGGUUCCAGUCCCUCAAAAUAAUCUUUCACGAAUCUUCAUCUGUUAAUUGUACAGAUACCUAGCUGUGCUCUUUGCUACUAAGAAUGCCAGUUGCUUGAAGGAUUCAGCCAUGGGGCUCAUGGAAUAUACUUUUUGUCCGACACUAUAUAAUUAUAGGAAUGAUUGAAUCUUUCAAUGAAAAUUUGUUGAAUAGUUUUCCCUUUCUUUCAUGCUGAAAGAUUGUUUUGGCGAAAACAUUCAAACAUUAUAAUAAGGACAUAGCACAGAUUUUUUUCGGGGUAUUGGGCUUCUAAAUUUAGGCUUUUACCAAUUGAAAAAUUUUACAUGUUCUAUUAUGAUAUAAAAUUAAAAGAAAAUUGUUUCUUGAAAAAAGUUAUGAAUAUAACCUCACUCUGAUCCCUGUCCAUUUGCUUAAAUUGUCUUAUUGCCUAAAUAACUCCCAUACAUCAGUUACAUUUCAUAUCAUGGAUUCAUGGAGAAAAGAGAAGGCGGAGAUUUAAAUCCUAAGUUCAGUAAAUUUAUGAGGUAAAUGAUAGCAAAAGAAGAACAAAGCAUAAGCCAAGGAACAUAACCAAGAAAGCACUCCCAAAAAAGCAGAGGAGAAGGCGUGCAAUACGCCAAAAGGGAGGCGUGCCACACGCCCCAAAGAGCCAAAACAGAGCCUUAACGUGCCGCACGCCAACAUAUGGGCGUGGCACGCUGGGCCAAAAGUUCAAGGGGUGAUUUGGUGUGCAAUUGACGUGCAACCCUAACCUUUUCAUCCUCCAACAAGGAUAACUUGAGCUACAAAGGUCCAAAUGAAGUGCUUCCAACGGCAUUAGAAAGUUAACAUCCAGAGAUCUCCAACGACAUAUAACAGUCCAUGAUGUAUGUGCAAAAAAAAGUGGGCGUGCAACACGCCAAAUGCAGGGUGUGUCACACGCCCAAAAAGCGUGCUCCAGGAGGCCAAGAAACAUGGCGUUUUACACGCCAAAGUGAAUGGGUGUGUGAAAAUGACACACCUUCGAAAGGGCACCCAUGCAUACGUAUCCCCAUACAUACGUGCAACACUUGAAGAUUGUUGAAACAUGUGUACUCAUCCCCCAUGCGUACGCACAAUACCUGGAAGUUUGAGGAUUCACGCGUAUGUACUCCCAUGCGUAAGCGCAAAUGAAGUUUUUUGCAUGAUCA